CGUACAAGGACUGGCAGGAGUUGUGCGGAUUUCCAGACAAAGAAGAAUUCAGCAGAAAUGUCAAUAAUAUGGAAUAGUGAUUCUGUUUCGCCCUUGAAACCUAUAUCUAAAGAAAGUGAAAAAGCUUCAGAUCCAUCCUUUAAAGAUGUGUAUCCCCAGGUGGUCAUCGUGUGUAUCCUUCACUCAGUGUUCAUGCAGACAGGCAUCAACGUGUCGUACUCUGCGACCACCUUGCCUCAGCUAUUGGAGGAAGGCUCUAGUCUACGAGUGACCGAGGAUCAGGCGUCCUGGAUAGCCAGCCUGGUAGCCAUAGCCACCUUAGUGGGCUCCCUAGCCUGUGGGGUUCCCAUGGAUGUUUACGGUCGUAAGGCUACAGCUAUCAUCACCUGCCUACCCAUCAGUCUCGGAUGGGUCUUGUUAGCAUUUACACCCAACAAUGUAUGGAUGGUCUACAUUGCCAGAGUCCUCACUGGGUUGGGUGGAGGUAUGACAACCGUCUGCCUUGUAUACAUCGGAGAGAUCUGUCACCAGCAGUUCCGGCCGAUGCUGUUGUCUCUCAACAGUGCCUUUGUGAGUCUUGGCAUCGUAGUUACUAACAUUCUUGGGGUGUACCUGCACUGGCGCACAGUGGCGUUCUGUUCUGGGAUGUUCAGCGUGGCUACUUUACUGGGUAUCUGGUUGUACUGUCCAGAAAGUCCACAAUGGAUCAUCACAUAUCAGCCAGACAAUCUCAGUGAAGCCAAGAAAUCACUGGACAGACUCUACACCAACAAGGCUUUUGCCCAGACAGAAUAUAACAGACUCCUAGAUUCUCAUCAGACGAGGCAAGUCAACAAACAACCAAGUUCAAACUUCCUCAAAGAAGUCUUCAAGGGUCAAAACCUGAUCCCGCUUCUAGUCCUGACUACGAUCUUCCUAUUCCAACAACUCUGUGGAUCAUAUCCGAUAUUUUUCUACGCUGUCAACCUGUUCGAGUCGAUUGGAACGAGUGUAGACAAGUACGAAGCUUUGAUUCUGCUUGGAGUGGCAAGACUGAUCAUCAGUUUUGUUACUGCAAUGGCCUCCAAGAAGAUCGGAAGAAGGCCUUUAAUGAUUGCUUCUGGUAUUGGUAUGACUGUGAGCAGCGUUGUUGUUGCAGUCUUCUUCAGUCAGAGACCUUAUGAGGGUCUUUUCGCUCAUGCAGGUAACCAAACCGAUCUCACGACUGUGACCAAUGCAGACCCAUACUCUUGGGUUGGAGCUGCCUCGAUUCUCAUCUACGUAAGCAUGACCGCUUUCGGGUUUCUCAUCAUUCCUUGGAGUCUAAUCGGAGAGCUUUUACCAAUGUCCAUACGAGGCAAUGGAAGUGGUUUCAUCAUAUGUUUUACUCACAUAAUCAUGUUCGGCGCAGUAAAAUAUUUCCCACAUUUUCUAGAUGUGUUCAAAAUUUCUGGGGCAUUUUACUUUUUCUGUUUUAUCUCCGUCUCGGGAACAGUCUUUGUGUAUUAUUUCCUUCCGGAAACUCUAGGUAAAAGUUUCGAUGAUAUAGGAAAACAUUUUGAGUCCUUAAGGAAAGGAAGGCGUACAUUGGCUGUGUAAGUUUUCUAGUCAACAAACUAGUCAACAAGAAGUUGAGUAAUAUUUGAAUUAGUUGUAAGAGGAGAUUUUUAUUGAUUUCUUAAGACUGAUGAGGAUUAUGUUUAUUCUUCAACUAGCAAAGUAAGCGUAUUUUAGCUGAAAUAACAGGUUAAAACACAAACAGAAAUACUUCGUUACAGCAAUAAGGACUUGGUGAUUUUCUGACUUUUUUUAAAACACAGCAUCCUCUACAUCAAGGGAAACUUAGAAAGUAGCUUUUCUGUGAUGCUUGUUUACAAACUAUUUAUUUUCUUUUAACAAUUGGUAUGUAUGGACAAUUUCUAAUGAUUACCGUGGAACUUGUUUUUUUUUAACUAGGCUAUUUGAUAGAAUAAAUUAGUUUUAAAAACUAAUUAUAACAAUUAUUUGUACAGAGAAUUAAACUAUAGAGGAGACAUUCAUUGGUACAAUUAAGGGUGUCUAGUAUUAGUCUCUGGUGUCUAGGAUCACACCACCCCUUUGCCAUCAUGUACUACAACACUAACGGUGGAUGAAGCCCCUGUGCCCUGUGCAAUAGGAAUUUCCGCAAAGUGCUUGCCACACAGAAUCUUCCUUGCUCGUCACAAGUAUAUUUCUGGCACAACCUACUAGAACUGAAAGCGAACGGUUGUCCCAUAAGUGUGUUCCUCUGUACCUUACUGCUCUGUCCAAUUAGUUAUAUCAAAAUUGUGUCAUCUACAAAAAAAUAUAUAUAUUUCAUAACAAGAUUAGAAAGUGAGUCAUUACUUAUUUGAGAUCAUGUUUGAAGUAAGAGAUUUAUCGAGCACUUAUGGUCAAGAAUUUUUUUAGCGUUACUUUUCACUACACCACAAAGAUAGUUUUUUCGUAGUUAAAACAGACAUUGGAUAUUUCUUUAUUACAGUUAGGAACAUUACUAAGGAUACUCAUAGCAUUUUUUAGGACUUAUAUUGAUUGUACAGUUUUGGUUGUUGCUAAUUGAAGCAGUUGACAAAUCAAAAACAAAUCUUUGUUUGUUUACGUCGGCAAAAUCCAAAAAAAAUAUAGUAACACUUUUCACAUAGUAAACAUUCUUUUCGUGUAGAAAACAAUGAAAUUUUACAGGAGGAAUUUUUACAGGUGAUAAACAUAAACAAAAACGGGUAAUUUCACAGGGUAGCAAAAAAAAUAUUACUAACUAAUAGCAAACAUUUAUAAGAAAAUGUAGUAAUACUGUAUGUACACUCUUCUUCCUAAUGAAUACUUUGAAUAGUAAUACAGUAGACUCCCGCUCAUCCGGAUCGGCCUUGUCCGGACUCCCGGUAGUCCGGAUCGGUUUUUUAGCGGCACAGUACAGUAGAAGUCCGAUUAUCCGAGCAAAACGGGACCGAGACUACCUCGAAUAAUGAAAAAAAUUGGAUAACACGGCAGUAAAAAUUAUUACCGGUGGAAGUGCAUAUGCCCGGUCUAUCAUUACUGUGGACCUGGAACAAAAUUCGGCCGAAAAAAUUAUUACCGGUGGAAGUGCAUAUGCCCGGGCUAUCAUUACUGUGAACCUGGAACAAAAUUUAAAAAAGGCUAUAUACAGUACUGUGUAUUUGCUCGACUCUCGAUAGUCCAGAUUUGUUGUAAUCCAGACCGGACGUCCGCCACAUUAGUCCGGAUGAGCGAGAGUCUACUGUACUUUGAAUUACUUUUUCUAAUAACUUUCUAUAGGGUACAGGGUUAAGGCAAACCUUAUUAAUGCAAGCACAAUGUGGUCUGAACAAAAGCAACUUUCAAUGUUUUUAUAUUUUUAACAAUUUAAAACUCAAAGAACUAAGCCUAUUUUUAUAUUUCUCUGUUAAUAUUUGUUUAGGUUAUGUCCUUUUAUGUCUAUUUUAAUAAAAUAAAAUAGGAUUUUAUGUUUGUUUUAUAUUAUUUAUUUUAACACGAUAUGUCCAUAUUUAACUUGUAUAAAGAAAAAAAAAGAAAAAUCUGUGUCCUCCAUAGUAAUGUAAAAAGGGACAAACCUGGUGUGUGCAAUCCCUAUUAAACUCAAUAAUGCCGUCAACUUCCACCCCAGCCGGACACCAUUUUUUUUAACGUGGGUAUCUCCCACCAACUAAAACACACAUUAUUGAGCUUAGUAUGGAUCCACGGGAUUCGAACCCACGCAUGUAUAAAAGGAACUCGUCAACGUAACGCCUUGGCCAACUGAGCUAACAUGCCACUGUCAGCCAAAUGCUACAAGUGUUGCUAUAAGCACACUAGUGCUCUUAGGUGAGAUACAAUGAACUAAUGUCACGAGCUACACACGGGCUUAGGUUUUUUAAAGUGUUAAUACAAGCUGAAUCUUUACCUACUAGCUUUGUUUUUAACUACUUAAAAGAUCCAAUCCUUAACAAUUUUCAGGCAUCAAACUAUUGUUUGGCUUAGUGAGGUUUGUCUGUCCAUGUAACAUUGACAAAUUUGACAAAUUGACAAAGGUAAAAAUUAAAUUAGGUUUUAAGUAAAAACAUCUCAUCAACAAUAUUGCUACAAGAAUUUAGUACUUUUCGAUUAUUUUUCGUUUGCUAAGUAUACUUUGUAUAUUAGUGUUAAACAUUUUAUACAGUAAAAAGAUCU